UAGAACACCUAUCCACUACGCGUUGACCUCAUCCCCAUGCCUAAACUGGGUCUUCUUCCCCAUGAUCACAGCUCCUCUUAAGCUCGAUUGAUCCACCUUCUUGCAUCCAGGAGCCGUCUUUGAGCGCAAGGACCACGGGCCCAGAGCAAAUACAAGGUGCGCCUGUUAAUGGCUAAUCCAAAUGAUCUAUGGGAGAAGCGGCUGCAGGAUCCAAGUGCAAAACCAGUGCCUCUGCCAUUUGAAUUUUUGAAAGCCAUUACAUGUGAUUUUUCCAGUGAGCAAGAACUCGGCAGAGGUGGGUAUGGAGUGGUUUACAAGGGAGUUCUUCCGAGUGGAAAAAUUAUUGCCGUCAAGAAGCUUUCUCAAACACAUCUGACGGAUGAUACGAAAUUCCAGAAUGAGGCCAGUUCUCUUAUGGGGAUCAAGCACCAAAAUGUAGUGCAGUUUGUUGGCUACUGUGCCGAAACAAGUUUUGAAUUGGUGGACGUCGAAGGUAGUGGGAAACAUAUUAUGGCUGAAAUACCAAAGAGAUUGCUUUGCUUUGAAUAUGUACGCAGCGAAAGCCUUCACAAGUACAUCUCAGAUGAAUCUGCGGGCCUCAAUUGGAACAUGAGAUAUCAAAUAAUAAAGGGAGUUUGCAAUGGUUUGCAUUACCUUCAUGAGAAAUGCCAUAUUGUUCAUCUCGACCUGAAGCCAAAAAAUAUAUUGAUGGAUACUACUAUGGUGCCGAAAAUAGCGGAUUUUGGUUUAUCAAGGAUCUUUUGUGACAAGCAAUCCGGGAUCAUCACUGAAAAUCGUCCACGAACACUGGGAUAUAUGGCCCCAGAAUACUGGACAAAAUCACUAGGCAUAGUGUCUAACAAGGCAGACAUAUUCAGUUUGGGUGUUGUAAUUAUUGAGAUAGUCACAGGUCAUAGAGACUAUCCCAAUUCUGUUACAUAUUUGCAGUACUUCAAUCAGAACGAUAGUUUCGAGAGUACCGACAUCGAACACUUCAAAGAGAAUGUAAGAUUAAGUACUCAGGCUCUUGCGUAUAUAUAUCAACUUUGGAGGAAUAGGUUGCAGAGAACUCAUGAAGCCUCAGAAAAAUUUGAACAAAUUCGAGUGUGCGUCGAAUUAGGGCUACAGUGCACUGCGUUCAGCAAAGAUAAGAGACCAGUUACAAAAUAUAUAAUCCAUAGGCUUGAUAAAGCCAGUAUUGAGGACCAAACCACUAAAGCUGGUGUGAGUACUUCGGCAGUAGUGCAGGCAGGAGAACCGUCAAAUGCUCUGCAGCAUGGAGAUACUGAUACUGGUACCGUUGUUGAGAAGGCGUCAAUACUACCAACGCAGCUUGAGGAAUUUGUGCAGGUUCAAGUUCCUGUGGUCAGCAUUCCAGAGAAUGAAAAUGGCAUUCCCACGCAGAAAGACAUCUCGGCAUCUCCUGUUUUUCCGGAUGAUUUUCGUUGCCCACUAUCACUUGGUUUAAUGCAAGACCCAGUUACAGUGGCCAGUGGGCAGACUUAUGAUCGAGGCAGCAUAAUGAGAUGGUUGGACUCGGGGCACCACACCUGUCCGAGGACGCAGCAGAAGCUUGUCAAUAAAUCUUUGAUUCCAAAUCAUAACCUACGCAGCCUGAUAGCCAAAUGGUGUGAAGCAAACGGUUUGGAGCAGCCGAAACGCUCUGGUCAAGUCAGUAGUAAUGCAACAGCAGAAUCACAACUUACCGCUUAUGAGCAGGCACAAGUUGUUAACGAGCUUCUUAAAGAACUAUCGUCACAAAAUGUGGUACACCAACGGGGAGCUGCUGGCAUGCUUCGUCAGCUUGCGAAGCACAGUCCUGAAUAUCGCGCGUCUAUAGGCGAUUCCGGCGGCAUUCCUUUCCUCGUGAGUAUGCUAGCGACAGAUGAUGUUAGCACCCAGGAAGAUGUUGUCGCUACUCUCCUGAAUGUCUCCAUUGCGGACGAGAACAAGAUAAGAUUGGUCCGGUCCGGCGCUAUUCCUGCAAUUGUAUAUGUGCUAGAGAGUGGCAGCAUGGUGGCCCGGGAGAAUGCUGCUGCAGCGCUGUUCAGCCUAUCAAAAUUGGAAGAAAACAGGGUUAUUAUUGGGGCUGCAGGAUCGAUUCCACCUCUCAUACUACUGUUGCGUACUGGGAGUCGACCGGGUAAAAAGCAUGCUGCGGAAGCAUUAUUUUAUGUGUGUAACUGUCAGGGCAACAAGAACAAGAGCAUAGCUAUUAGAGCUGGGUUGGUCCCUAUACUGCUAGAGCUUCUAGUGUGGACUGAAAAUGGACUGGUUGAUGUGGCCGUCUCUAUAUUGGAUGUUCUUUCCAGUCACCCUGAGGGGAGGGCAGCUAUCAGUGCUGCCGCUGCCAUACCAAGCCUGGUUGCAGUUAUCAGGAAUGAAUCCCCAAGGAACAAGGAAAAUGCAGCUGCUAUUCUGGUGCAUCUCUGUAAUGGCAGAGGCGCACAGCAGCAACAGUCUCGUAUUGAAGCACAGGAGCAUGGCCUCGUGUGAUCGUGUCCUUGCUGGUGGAUCUAGCCGAGAGUGGCACAGAUAGAGGGAAAUCUAAGGCAAUCAAGCUGCUCGAACUAUUGAAUACUCCAAGCACAUAGG